AUGAUAAGAAAUUUAUUUUCAAUUUUUGAUCCUUCUACUAAUUUAUUUAAUUUAUCUAUUAAUUGAAUAAGAACUAUUUUAGGUUUAAUAUUUUUACCUUAUUCAUUUUGAAUUAUUCCUAAUCGACAUUUUAUAAUUUGAAAUUUUAUUUUAAAAAAACUACAUAAUGAAUUUAAAACAUUAUUAAAAAAUAAUUAUUUUAAAGGAUCUACUUUUAUUUUUAUCUCAAUAUUUUCAUUUGUAUUAUUUAAUAAUUUUUUAGGAUUAUUUCCUUAUAUUUUUACCAGAACAAGUCAUUUAACUUUAACUUUAUCUAUUUCUUUUCCAUUAUGAUUAAGAUUUAUAAUUUAUGGGUGAAUUAAUAAUUAUCAACAUAUAUUUAUUCAUAUAAUUCCCCAAGGAACUCCUACAAUUUUAAUACCUUUUAUAGUUUUAAUUGAAACUAUUAGUAAUAUUAUUCGACCUGGAACAUUAGCAGUUCGUUUAACAGCUAAUAUAAUUGCAGGACAUUUAUUAAUAACCUUAUUAAGAAGAACAGGACCAAAUCUAUCUUAUAUAUUUAUUUUUAUAUUAAUUAUUAUUCAAAUUAUAUUAUUAGUUUUAGAAUCAGCAGUUGCAAUUAUUCAAUCCUAUGUAAUUGCUAUUUUAAGAACAUUAUAUUCUAGAGAAGUAAAUUAA